GGAAAACGGGUGGGAUCAAACGCCUCUAAUCCCCAACUCGCUGGUUUUCUGCAGAUGAUCGUUUGUAGGCCUUCCCUGGUGUGAUGUCUACAGCACUGCGAUUACUCUACUCCUCCCAGCCAGGCACGUUCGCUGCCGGCCCUGUCCUGGUUCGACCUUUCAGUGUCACCGUCCAAAGAGGAGGCUAUAAAUAUGUGAACGCUCAGGAGCUGCCCAUGGAUAUGAAAUCUGUGACUGACCGCGCAGCCCAAACACUGCUGUGGACUGAGCUCUUCAGAGGGCUGGGUAUGACUAUGAGUUACCUGUUCCGAGAGCCAGCCACCAUAAAUUAUCCUUUUGAGAAAGGGCCUCUGUCCCCUCGUUUCCGCGGGGAACAUGCGCUGCGCAGGUACCCGAAUGGAGAGGAGCGCUGUAUCGCAUGCAAACUGUGUGAAGCCAUCUGCCCUGCACAGGCCAUCACAAUUGAAGCAGAAACCCGAGCUGACGGCAGCAGAAGAACUACUCGCUAUGAUAUCGACAUGACCAAAUGCAUCUACUGUGGAUUCUGUCAGGAGGCCUGUCCUGUAGAUGCAAUAGUGGAGGGUCCUAAUUUUGAGUUCUCCACUGAGACACAUGAGGAGUUGCUUUACAAUAAGGAGAAGCUGCUGAACAAUGGGGAUCGCUGGGAGGCUGAGAUUGCUGCCAACAUCCAGGCUGACUACCUGUACAGAUAAACACUUCUAAAUGCAUAGCAGACUGCAUAACCUUGGUCAAACCAGGACAUACCUGGCCUGUCAUAGAAAUUAAGAAAAUAUGUAUAUUGUCUGCUAUUUGUCAUAGUCAUUCAUGUACUACACAGUGUCCAAACGGCUCGUAUGCACCUGCUCAUCUAAUGCUUCUUCUAAAAUGAAGAGUAAUUCAUUUACUGCAGUAACAGCCUCUUCUCCUCUGGGAAGGCUUUACACUAGAUGUUGUAACAUUGCUUUGAGGAUUUGAUUGCCUUCAGCUACAAGAGCUUUUGGCCAGGUUCACAUUACCAGGCUAAAGUGGCAGAAACUUAACGUGACACAGAUCUGACAUUUUUAUAGCUGUGUCGACAGGCAAAUCUGACCUUUUCUAAUCAGAUCUGAGCCACUUCCAUAUGUGGUUCUAGAUUGGAUACACAUCCAAUUCAUGUCCAUGUGACCUCAACAAGAACGCUCAGAUUGGAAUUCUUGUGUCUUUUUUACUGCGCAUGCACCAUUCAUUCAGCCGUAAACACUGCAAAAACAAACUGUUUGACCCUUUUUCACCUUUUUCUCGCUCUGGUACUGAGCAUCAGAGAGCUGAUCAGAGUGAAUGAUCUUUGUGGUGAAGUCUCAUUCUGCUGGUUAGUUUGUUCACAUUGAUGGCAGAUUUGAGUCACUUACCUACUUAACAUUGUCAGAAAGUUCGGAUGUGUGCAGUGAGGCUUGUAAUGUGAACGCAGCCUUGAGGUCAGGUACUGAUCAUCAAAACUGCCACUCCAACUCACCCCAAAGUGAUUGGAUCGAGCUCCAUCACUCCAGAGAACACAGGCCCACUGCUUCACAUCUGAUGCCAGAGUUUUAUGUUUUUCAGUGGAGAAUAUACGAGCUGUUCACACCUUUAUCAGCAAUGGAUGCACCUUUAAAGUUGCUAAAUUCACUAACUAGAAGGGGUGUCUAUAUAUUUGGACAUAUAGUGUAUGUACACAGAGCCACUCAGUGUACAUGGCCUAGAUGGAUACAUUGUACUGUUUAAGAGCUGUGUUAAUACAGUUAACUGAAACAUGAAUAUUCUCAGGAUAUUGCAAAUCACGCACAAAUGUACACAAAGCGAAAUUGUGAUUUAUAUGUGACUUAUUAGAUUGACAAAGGUGUCCUUUUGUGGACAGCAUUGAAAGUAAUUUGCGUUGGACUGAAAGUAUUUCUUCGUUGCUCACAGUACAUUUGUGUAGAAAUGAACAGGUCAUCCUAACACUAUGCAUGUAUUAUUAUUUUAUUAAAAGUAGUAAUGUUACAAAUUAAAGCAUGUAUUAAUCUUC